AACUAUUGAUAUAUUUAGCAAGUGUUUGAGAGCUAUUCAUACUUAAAUAUCUUGUAAAUAAUUUGAUUACGCAGUGAUAUUUGAUUCAAUAUUAGCCAAGAUGGGAAAAGAAAAAGUGGAUUUCAAGCUUAAUACCCAUGUAAAAUAUAUUACCAUGAGUGGUGGUACUGUGGUGCCACCCCUAACCACACAUGUCCUGGACACUGCCAGAGGGGUCCCAGGAGGUGGUAUCAACAUGGUGCUUAUGAUUCAGUCUGGUAAUGGAGAAUUCAGGGAAAUUGAGAGAGGGACCACAAACAAUGAUGGACGUGGUGGAUUCCUUACUAGUUCAUCUUUCCAGGCUGGAGCAGUGUACAAACUAUUUUUUGAUACAGACAACUACUUCAAAAGCAUUGGAGUGAAGGGUUUUUAUCCAUUUGUAGAGGUGGUGUUCCGUAUUGAUGACCCCUCCCAGCAUUAUCACGUACCUCUGUUGCUCAGUCCCUAUGGGUACUCCACCUACAGAGGGAGCUGACUAGAGAACACCCAGACCAGUCGCUGUCAUUCUGUGUACCCAGAUGUAUACGAUCUGAUCCUAAUAGUUGUUUUUAUCAUGACCCAAAAGCAUUAUUGAAAAUCUGUCGUACAAAUUAUAUUACAUUUACUAGAUAAAAGAUUUGCUUGUAUUGUUAUUGUUAAUGAUAUAUAUACUUGUGAUUUUUUUUAAUGAACUUUUCUAAAUAAAAUAUAGUUUAAGAAUGAAA